AUGUAUCAAGAUACCCAGAUCCAGGAGCCAUGGCAACGGAUGCAUGCCUUUGCAACUGGAGUCAGUGGAGGAGCUGGAUCUAUGCACCCUAUUGGUCCCGUGGCAUUAGGAAAACUCCCAAUUGUCUCACGGUUCAUGAAAGGAGUGUUUCGGAUGAACACACCACAACCGAAGUUGUGUACAACUCGGAAGGUGCAGGUCGCCUUGGAUCACCUUAAGAGACUGAGGCCAGUAGAAGAGCUUUCUCUGCGAGAAAUAUCAGGGAACUUGGUGUUAUUGCUUGCCUUGACCUCAGCUGCACGAGCGCAUGAAUUGGCGGCACUCGACCUGGACCACCUGACGGAGAAGGAAGACUCAUGGGAGUUCACCCUGGCUGUUCAUGUUAAGCAAUCUCGUCCUGGUCACCCGGCUAGGAAGAUAUACUUGCCAGCUUAUCCAGUCAACAGAAAACUUUGUGUUGUGACCACAGUGAGAGCCUACAGAGCAAGGACGAUUGCGAUUAGGCAGUUCUUGAAACUGCUUCUAGCGCUUAUAGCGCCACACGCACCAAUAUCGAGCCAGACAGUCUCGAGAUGGUUACGUAAUAUUUUGAAGCUAGCGGAGAUAAAUCCCACCUUCACAGGGCAUUCGACUCGCAGUGCUUCAACUACAGCGGCUGCUGAAGCGGGAAUUCCGCUAGAAUUAAUCUUAGAGGCUGCAGAUUGGUCGUCUGCUGGAACGUUCAGGGCACAUUACCUAAGACCUACAGGUAUAGGCAAAGAAACAUUUGCGAACUCAGUCAUUUCUGGCUAG